CUUGCCCAACAUUGGUAGUCUUAAAACUAGGUAUCUAUUAUGUAACUUAUGUUUCAGUGGUCCUUGCUUGGUCCAUUUUAAAAGUCUCAAGGUCCUCCAUGUUUCAAUUAUUUUUCCGGACAAUGACUUAACGCAAUUCCUUUUCUGUAAUUGCCCUGUUCUUGAGGACCUGUUCAUCCAAGGACAGUAUUACAGUGAUGAUCAUCUAAUUUUUGAUGUCUCCACACCAUCCCUGAAGAGUUGUUAGAUUUUACAGCACAGGCAGCUUAUGAAGCUGAAGGGGUCAAAAUUAUGGUUAAUGCACCAAUUCUCGAGUAUCUUACUCUCCAAGAUGAUUACUUGCCUCGCUAUGUGCUAAAGAACCUAACCUCGUUGGUUAAAGCAGAUGUUAAUGUUGGAAACUGCUGUCCAAAAGCUAUGGAAGUCAAACAGCGUGCUAAUCGGAUAUUUGUAAUUCUCAGAGAAAUUUAUAGUGUCAAAUAUCUAUCUCUAGGUGCUCGUACCAUGGGGGCUCUCGACUAUGCUGAUGACGGUAAAUUGCUCAACUUCCCUAAUUUGAUUCAUUUGGAGCUGCAUGUUCACGAUUGCUAUGGCUGGAUACGUUUACUACACUUGCUCAAUAGAAUGCCUAACUUGGUAUAUCUUGUCUUGGAGAAAUUGAAGAAAUGUAGAUAUUAUGAAGAUAAUGCUUCCGAGGAUUUCAAUUCUGGUGAACAAGAACCAGUGCCUUAUUGUCUGUUGAUGCAUCUUCAAGAAAUUGAAAUUAAUGGAUUUUGGGGACUGAGUGAUGAGCUGAAGCUGAUAGAGUUUUUCUUGAGAAGUUCUGAAGUAUUGCGUAAGAUGGAAAUUAAUACUUCUAACUUAAACGAAAAGCAAGAGAGAGAAUUUCUCGAGAAACUGCUAAUGUUUCCAAGGGGCUCAAUAACCUCUCAAAUUUUACUCUCACGGAAGAAAAUUUUUGCUCCGGCCGGAUUUUGCGCAGAGAUAAUUGAGAGAGCUAUUGCCCACUCGGCAUCUGUAGAGUUCUUGAUAACUCUUCUGCCAUGUAAAAACCUUGUGGUCUAUGAUCUUUUGCUGUAUCUGUUUACUUUUUCUAUAAUGAAAGAAAAUGUACUAGUUUUUGUUAAACUUAUUUCUGAUGAAGACAGUUUUUAGUUUUAGUUUUCAUAAACCUGUUUUAAAACCCUUCACACUGAAAGAACAAAUGUUCAUUAAAAUUGAACACCAACCAACAAAAUGGUUUAGAGAGGAUUAGUGUCA